CGCGCUAGGAAUCAAAGUGAAUUUUAUUCAACAAGAGAGUAAUGCAGACUGUGAUGGCCUCGAGAAAUGCAGUCGAGAAUUUUUUGGAGAAAAUUGGCCUUGAAAGAUACGGGACAAGAUUUUUAACUCAAGGUUAUGAUAGGAUCAUUGACUUAUGUAUACUCGAUGAAGAAGACUUGGAUUCUCUGAGUAUACGAGAACGAGACGAUAGGUUCAAGAUCUUAGACGCCGGUAAGUACAUUUCUCCAUAUUUUUUGUUUACCUUACGUGAUGUUAGAGCACCGUGAGAUCGGAUUCGUGCCACUCGUCCUAUUUAGUUUCCGAUUUAUUCCUUUUUUGAGACGGAUGAGAAUCUAUCUUAGAAGAUAAACUAUCUAUUGUUUCAAGUCACCAAUUUCACAAUUGUUUCCGUUUUAAUGACAAACUUUUUUCUCUAUUAUCUUUUAACUCACAAUGCAUAUAUAUUUUCCAAUCUCCAGCUUCUCUCAUAGAUGUCGCAGACUGGCUACAACAUCUUGAUUUAGAUCAUGAAAGUUGUUACAUGGAGAGGUUGAGAGCUGAGGGAAUCGUCACCAUAAGGGAUGUAAAAUCCAGAGAAUGGAGUGACGAGCUCUUAGACUCAUUGGAGAUCAUGAUCCCAGGGCACAGAAAAAGGGUUAAAAGUGCAGGUAGGAACUUUGAACUAGCUCACUCUUGAACAGAUUUAUAUCACUAAAAUGAAGAUCGAAAUUAUAUUUGUUUACUUAUAGUGGAUUGGAGGUGAAACGUUAGCAAUGCCUGAUCACUUUCGAUCUGAAUAUAAUCCUGUUUUUAGUUCAUUGACGCAGACGACCUUCCUCGUCGAGAAAAUAACUAAUUAGCUGGCACUUAAAGAGCGAGCUACAUUUUUCUUACUUUUUUCUAUGGACGAUUUGUUUAUUAUUCGGCAGGAACGUUUCCACCUAUAGAAGCAGUUUCAUUUGAAGGGAUAUUACCCCGCUAAACGCUUGAUCGGUAACGUUUUUACUUUUCCACAAAAUGGCUUGAAGGGGGACUCCCCUUAAAGAGCCCUUUCGUUUUUUUUUUGUUUUUUUUUACGAGCAUUAACUGCAUUCGUCGUUGGAAAACGUCGAGGUUGCAGAUAAAUUUCAAAAGAGAUCAUUUCAACGCAAGAAAUCGCGAGGUGCUCCUAUAUCCUAUAUCAAACCUAUCGUUGUUGCAGCAGUUCCAAGAGUGGUAUGUUAAGAUAUUCCAAUAAAAAAGAUCGUGCUGCAUUGCCAAAUUAUAUUUCGAACGUCGGGUUAAACAUCUGAAAUAAUACCUUCAUGGAUUGAAAAGAGAUAACGUUUUAAAAGUCCAACUGCAAAAGAUUUAUUGAUUUGUGAUUUCAUACGGGACUGAAGAGUGUCUCUUUGGCGCCGCCGUCGUUGGAUCAAUCCUGAAGAGCGCGGUUUUUUUUUCUCUGAAAACUUUGUAUUUUUUGGAUCAACCGGGGUUCUAAUUAGAAUUUAAUAAGUGAAGGAACCGUGUUUCGUUUGUAAGGGGCAAUUAAACAGCACAGUAACUUAUAAAAAUGAACAGCUCGGUCGCGAACAAAUACCGCUGUGGAACCGUUAAUUUUUGUGAUCAGAGUUUAGUACCUCCAAACUGAAAAUCAGCCAACGGUUUUCUUAUCAUCUGUUUUGCAGUACUGCUGCUAAUCCUGGUUUUUUCUCUUCGUCUCACUAAAUACGGAUAAGCAUAAAGUUUGUUAGUCUAAGGGCUGUGUUACGUUCAAAAUCUGUGCGCGCAAAUUUUCAGUUGAGGAAAGGGAUCAUGAAGGCACAUUAUUUUUCUAGAUGCCAGAUUUGAUGUUUCGUUUUGGGCAUUAUUAGAUGGCUUGCUAUGGCAAAGCUCUAAGCCGUUUUCUUUCAAUUUCUUUUAUAUCUUCAUUCUACGAAAAGUUUAUUUAAUAAACUUAAAUGAAGUCUAUCUUGAAAGGGGAUGUAGGAGUGUAUUGAACUCGAGACGAUUCGCCCUCUCACAGACCUCUCUUAUAAUGGUUUAGAAAAGCCAGUGCUAUGUUUGUUGGAAUCUUUCAUCAGAAUGCUAGGGGCAUUUCCGCAAUAUGCCACACAGUCUUUCGGUUUUAUCGAUUCAUAGUGCCCCAAAAGUCUUCAGCGCGUCAAAGAAUAAACUUGUAAUUUUCGAUAGUACUCUACAGACUUAAAAAUAUGACUCUAAGCUGACGUGUAUUUUGUAACUAAUCCGUUCCACCGUUUAAAUUCUAUGUCUGUAAAAUCAGUCACCGGUGAUCCAAAAUAUUUUCCUUUUUUUCUAAGAACUUUAUAUUCCCGUAAUAUCGGUGUUAUGUGGAAAAGUGGGAUAUUUUUGCGUUACCAAAUUUUCUUUACCAAAACUUCUAGUCAUCUAUGUUAGCUGGCAUUGUGCAAUUGCAUUUCCAAGUGUGGGCAACUUUUAUUUUAGUUCUCGUCAAGACCAUACAGUUUACAGUCGGCAAACUGUAAACUAUAGAAAAAUCAUAGUGAACUCAAUAAAGGGAAUACAAUCAAUUAAAUAAUAUUAGCUCUAUAACAUGUAUUAGUUUUACCUACCAAUGAGAUGUAAUUUUAGUUUUGUGAGCUCCUCCUUCCUGUUGGUCAAAAAUUAAAAGAACUUGGUCAUGAUUAUCUGAGCUGAUUUCAAAGUUUUUGGAUUAUUAAGGGGAGUCAUUGGGACUUGUCAUUGAUUGACACGAUAGUUUGAAGGAGCAGGGAAAAGCCAAAAGGCCAAGUAUUAACCAAAGGAAUGGCUUAAGAUAGAGGAGAUUAAGACAGAAUACAAUGGAAAGCAUAUGAGGUAAAAUUUUCAUUAUGAACAAGAUGCCUACGAUCUCGUUUUUUCUUUUUACCUCUUAUCCACCAGCAACCUUCCUCAAGUGGCAUUCAGCAAAGGAACCUGAUACUAGAGUGGUUGUCCUGGGUUACUGGGGACAGCCAUCAGGCCUUAAAGACAAUCCACACCCUUUUCUGUGUGUGCAAGGACACCUUAAAUCUGACACUGGAGAAGGUAUGUAUGCAGGUGUAUUAGUGAUGAUGCAAUACAUAGACCUAUUUGUGUAGUUAUUGGAGUUUCUUUUCUUUGCUUCAAACUGCUUAGCCUAGCUUCAAAUUUUCCAAACUACAUGAGCUGCAAUCUAAUUAGUUAAACUGCUAAGCAUGUUCAGUAAUUACUUAUUUACUUUUGAUUGACUUGGGUUGUAAGUCAAUGAGUCUGUUCUCAGGUUGUUAGCCGUUAAGAAGUGGCCAUUAAGUAUUGAGUUGGUCAGUCCUUCAAUUUGCUGGCUAAUUAGUUAGCUGGUGUUGUGGUCUUUCAGCUAUAGUCAACCUGUCGAUAAGUCACAGAGUCACUCAAAAGUCAAUUAAGAAAUCAACAAUUUUUUCAAAUAGUAUUUUCAUACGUCAGUUAAUUAGCUUGCCCGUCUUUCAGUUAGCAAACUAGUCUGUAAGUCACUCAUUACUCAUGCAAUGGCAGUAAGUUAGACACAUAGUAACUUGGUCAGUUGGCUAGUUGGUUAGUCAGUCAACACACUGAUCUCUCAGCCAGUCAGACUGCCGUAUGUCUAUUUCGUAGACCAUGUAUCAGCUUAUCAGUCAGAUAGAUGCUCAUUCUAUUGGAAAAUGGCCAAAUUUUAACUGAAGGCUUUCUCAGUGUGCAGUCUGCUCGAUCUUAAAUUUAGGUAAUUUAAUUCACAACAUUGAUAGAAAGAAGAGUAUUUUGUAUGAUCUGUCUACUCUAUAGCGCACAUUUACACAGCUUUUUUCCUGCCAAAUCUGGCAAAUAAGACAUUUCUGCAAUUCUUACGUCUACUGAUGAAAUACAAAUAUGUGUCUCCCUAACAUUUUUGCUGUGUCCUUUACCUCAAGAUGCCCGCUCAUCAGAGCUGAUCGAGUUCAUUGUGGAUUCAGGUAGUGAUGUUGUCACUGCCACCGAGAGCCUCAUUCAGAGUUUACAGUUAGAAUACCUCAGGAACGUCGACAGUAGGGGACCCUACUCGACAGCAAACAAACCUCUUUACAGAGGGAUACUUAAGCUUGGGACAGAAGAGUUUGAAGUCGAGGUAGGCGACGAACCUGACAAGAAAGUGUUGUCUUUUUUUCAGUGUAUCAACUUUGAGCCAAUACUGGGUCGAGCGGUGCUAUUUCCUCACUAACGUAGGUCAUGGUAUAUUUAAGUUGACCGAUCUCAGACAACUGAACCUUCCACACUGAACCAAAUUGGCUUUAUAGUGCUUUAUAAGAAAAUCAUUCAGCCUACGAUGUUCUGGGCCAGGCUGUCUAUGAUUCAUCCAAAAUCCCUUUAUUUUCCUCUAUGACACUGUGGAAAUUGGUUCCAAUCGGCCUCAUCUGAGCGCUUUCUUAGCGCAAAAAUUGCCGAGUUUCGUAAGUUUCCGACUUGGCGUAUGUUCUCCUGUCCUUUUAUCUCGAUCAUUGACAGAAAUGCUUCAAACGAAUCGUUACACUCAGACUUAGGAACAAGGAAACGCUCUUAGUCUUAGUUCGCAUUUCGAACAUCUAUAAAACGGAAGAAUUUCCCUUUUCAAUCCUCUCUUAUUCUUUAUUUUUUUCUUAAUUUACAUCGUUUUGUAGGAAACAUUUAACGCGGUUAUACUUAUCAGAGGAGUACAUAUUGUUAAGUUGUAAAUUCUCAUUUUCUUAUUUUGUUGCUGUAUUUCAUGGCGAUAAGGUUAUACCAGAACAAGUUACGAGUGUUGGGCAUGUUGUUAUGCGGAAAUUUAAGCACCUCAUCGAUGGCAAGGUUCAUUACUGGCUCAAGGACGACAAACUGGACGAGACCCAACCACCCCACGAGGAGCCUGAAUAAAUUUUUGAAUUUUUAAAAAAUCAGUGAACCAAUUCCAUCAUGGGAAUUACGAAUCAAAUGUAUAUGGAUAUUUUUCAGAAGAAUGCAGAUUAAUUUUUAUUUCCAAAUGUAUUUCACACAUUCAAAUAAUGGCAAUUUGUUUGUUAGGUUGUUUGUUUGUUUGUUUGUUUUUAAACCCUUUCCCUUGGAUCUCGUCAGUAAUUCUUUUUACUGUCUGCCAUAUAAUUCCAAUCAUGUUAGUUUGGAGAAUUUGGUAUGGGAUCAAUUAAUGAUCCCCUAAUCGAUAUGUUUCUUUAUUCUCAACACUGGUCUGCUUGAUACUGUUUUGAUAACACGAGGAGAAAUUCUGUCUUGGUCACUUAUGGGAGUUAAAGGGUUAAGGAUACACAUAGAUCUUCCAGGUUUUUGGAGAUCGGUAACAUAAAAUGGAAGAAAAUAAAGAAGAAACUUCAUUGAAUCAGCUGAUAGUCGCAUGUAUGUCAGCC